AUGGCGGUCCGUAAUUUAAGCACACUUGUGCUAUUGUUUGCCGCGGCGUGUUGUUGCAACGCCACCACAUUGUUUCGAUCGCCGCGACAAGCACCAGGCAGUAUUUUUACUGUAGGAAAUGGUGAACAGUGUUUAGGAUCAGACAGAAAUACCGGUGGCGUCUGUCUAUCGAGAAAUCAGUGUAAUACCCAAGGUGGUAAGGCGAUAGGCUUCUGUGGAGUUUUCGCUACUUGUUGCUCACUGAACGCUUGUGAUAUUAGGACCAACACUAAGGUUGCUGUCUUCAUCAACCCACCUCUAAACAGAGAGUCUUCGGGUCUCGAGUGCUCUUACAAUGUAGAAAUAAACAACAACAAUGUCUGUCAGAUACGUAUCGACUUUGAAACUUUCAAUCUAGCGCCGCCAACAACGGUGGAGGCAGUUGAAAACGUGACCCACAGACCAGGCCACACUUGUCGCAAUGACAUCUUCCAAGUGACCAACUUGCAUGCAAAUUCCGACAUAUUGCCGCCACUUUGUGGUGAUAAUAAUGGGCAACACAUGUAUGUCCGCGUUAACGCGUCGACAAACAGCAGAUCAAUCCGUCUGAACUUCAAAAUCGCAGACCGUAAUACUCAACCCAACCUGCCUCAAGCCACUUGGAAGAUCAAAGUAACUCAGUUGGAGUGCUUCAACACUUUAGGCAAAUAUCGCGAUGGUUUCCUGGAGGCGAUUACCUCUUCAUUACCAGCGACACCCUUCUCCUCAUCAGCUGACAGAGAUGAAUAUCUAAUUGCACCACCUGGCUGUCUGCAGUACUACCCAGACCGGACGGGAUUUUUCGAAUCUUUUAACUACAAUAGGGGUGCUGGUCCCUACAUAGCCAACUUGGCAUACGCCACUUGCUUCAAACGAACGUCAGAUGUGUGCGGUAUCAAACUAACAGCAGCUAGCUUUGAAAUGGCGUACCGUACAGAGGAUAAUAUGUAUCUCGACACAGACUGUCAAAUAAAUCCAGUGACACAAGGGUCAAGUCAGUCUGAAGAUUACCUGUUCAUACCUGAAGCGGAGACCGCUGAUGGUAUAAGAGGAUCUAAGUAUUGUGGAAUGAGUGCUGCCAACCAAAUUAUUGCUUCCACACCACCAGGACCGCUGUACGUCCACUUCCACAGUGACAAUUUGGUGACGAACGAUGUAGCUGAAUCUGGAUAUAGGUUUAAUUACAACGUCCUAAACAACUGUUAUCUGAGAACUAACAAUUUUCCAUAA